AUGAGUGAUAGCGAUAUUUCUAAGAUGAAGGUGGCCGAUCUGAAGAAGGAACUCAAAGCACGGGGCUUGAGUGUGAUGGGCAACAAAAAUGAACUCGUCGAUCGUCUGCAGUCGGCGUUGUUAGAUGGUGGUGAUGUUCUCGAAGACACUGCCAAUUCAGAAGACCUGCUGGAAGACGAUGAGCUGAACGAUGAUCUGCUGGACGAGGAUAAAGAUCUCACUGAAGACCCGGUUGCCGAGGAAGAGCAAAUACUCAAAUCACCGACUCCGAGUGAGAAAUCCAAAUCGAUUUCACCCGAGCAACCCCGAAAACCAGAGGAUGAACCGAAAAGUUUGGAUUCCAAACCAAACUUACCGACGGCGGUUCAACGAAAGAUUGCUCUAAAGCGAAACAUUUCCAUCACGAAACCCACCAUUGGGACAGAAUUGUCUGAAGCACCAAAAGCACAGAGACAACCGUUCUCGACACAGACGAGCGGUACCGGCAGUGUUCACAGUGGCAGUGACGGUGAACCGGAAAAGAAGGUCGUCAAACUGGGUCAAAUGAGCGCGUUGGAGCGGCUAGAAUUGCGGGUGAAGAAGUUCGGAGCCCAGACUGCCCCGGCACCAUCUGUCACUAAACCGGUCGGUAAUAGUGGUUCGGAUAAGAUGCAAGCACGUGCGGCCCGAUUUGGUCUUUCCGGUGCAAGCGGUGUAUCCUCUACCGACAAUAGCACUCCGGCUUCGCUGGAUGCGUUGAAAAAGCGUGCAGAAAGAUUCGGCGGCUCGGUCUCGUCGAAAAUGAGUAAACUAGAGCAGGAGGAAAAGCUGGCCAAACGCCAGGCUCGCUUCGGACAAACAGCCGUCAGCGCUACUUCAAAUGGAUCCGGCAAAGUUUCGACUGGAUCUGCAGACUACGCAGAGAAAGCACGGUUAAGGUUGGAACGGUUCAAAACAGCAGCUUAAAAAGGAACUAUUUUCUGAUCUGAACUUUCAUGAUAAUAUUGUGACUAAAUGCUUGUCCCUCCGCAAAACGGGCACCCUUCAAGUGCGUGUGUUUGUUUGUGUGUAUCAAUAAACACCGCAGCAAGGCAGAGGAUCAUUCGCGCAAAACGCGAGUGG